GGCCGCUUUACAAACACAACAACAGGACUUUGCACGGUGAAGCUGAUGUCUUUCAUGACUACAGGCAAAUAGCGAGUCGCGACAGAUUGCAGCUUGUGUUUUCCACCUAAAAUGACCUCUGCCCUCCUUUGAUCUAGACACAUCGUCCACCUCUGGUCCAUCCUCAACCCAUCAAUGAUGACAUCACCAUUCUGUAUUUCGAGCCAUAUCUUACUCUUCUCUUCGAGGAAAUAGGUGACUAUCGACCACCCAUUCCAAAUUCGAUGUCCCGGUCCACACGAGCAGUGUCCUCCGCGGCGAGAAGAGUGACACGGAGCAGCACAGCUUCUUCGCCCAGUGUCAAGAAGGAGUUGAAAGAGGAGGAGCCCGAUACACCCAUCAAACAGGAGCAAGAGUCUCCGCAAAAGCCCUAUCGGACACCCCGAAAGCGAGCGUCAAAUGUCGACAGCGAAUCCAAGAGCAGAAAGAAAAUCAAAACGGAAGACGGCACAGGCUUGAUCAGUCCUUCCCCCUCGGAUGAACUGGCCUCGCCAGGCAAGAAAACCCAAACCAAAAAGUCCUCAGCCGAAGAGCUACAAGCAAAGAAAUUGAAAUCCUACGCCCAAUUUGCGAAUCAUUCUCCAUUUCCCGACUUUCACCAUCCUACGGCCGAAGAAUGCAAAAUAGCACAUGGUAUACUUAGCUCACUGCACGGCCCUCGGAUCCGGCCAAAGGAAAUCGUUGCUUCCACGACACGUGCGGGAUGCGGCGACUCUCCGUCUGUCCUAGAUGCGCUCGUCCGCACGAUACUGUCACAGAAUACGAGCGACAAGAACUCGACGCGAGCGAAGCUGAGCAUGGACAAAGUUUACGGUGGCAGUGAUAAAUGGGAUGCCAUUGUGGCCGGAGGACAAGCAAAAUUACAAGAGGCGAUCAAGUGCGGUGGACUGAGCGCCGUCAAGAGCAAGGUCAUUAUCAGUAUACUCGAGCAGGCACAUGAGAGGUAUGGGAAAUAUUCUCUGGACCAUUUACACCAAGCGUCGAGCGAGGAUGCGAUGAGGGAAAUGUUGUCAUUCCAAGGCGUCGGGCCCAAGACCGCGAGUUGUGUGCUGCUUUUCUGUUUACAGCGCGAGAGUUUUGCAGUCGAUACACACGUCUGGCGGAUUACGGGGUUGCUGGGGUGGCGGCCGCAGAGUGCUACAAGGGAUGAGACCCAUGCUCAUUUGGACGUUAUGAUUCCUGACGAGGAUAAGUACGGGCUUCAUAUUUUGCUUGUCACCCAUGGGAAGAGGUGUGAUGAGUGCAAGGCUGGGGGAAAGAAUCUGGGAAAUUGUGAAUUGAGGAAAGCAUUUAGAAGGGCGAGGCUGAUGGGCGAGGCUGGUGAAGAUGCGAAGGAUGAGGAGGUUGACGCAAUCACUAGUGAGAUCAAGCAGGAUAUCAAGCAGGAAGAGGAAACGAAAAAGCAGAAGCAGAAGCAGAAGACUUAAGCUUCGCACUCGACUAAAUCCAUGUACUAUAGUAGGUAUGUCUGGAACGAAAACUGUUCUGGAGUACGGAUCAUCCGUACACAAGCUGUCUCUUAUGAACAUGUAGACUAGAGAAUUGGGACACCCGACCAUGG